AUGAGGAUAGCGCUUACGAUCCUGCCUCUGGCACCCCUGGCUCUGCAGUCUACAGCUCAACUAUACAACUAUACUUACGAUCCGACAAAUGCCACCCUUUUCCAGCUAUCAUCUGACCCGUACUUGGCCUUCCUCGUGGAGGCUGUCCUGGCAACAACAAUCGCAGAAGGUACCAGCUCUGGCGAGGUCUUACGUAUCGCAACUCAGCUAGUUCCUGGCGACCUCAAUGGCUCGUAUGCGCCAUACCACUGGUUCGCGGAGCAAAUGACAACCCUGGCGGAAAGCAUAGAUCCAGAAGUCGACCCGGUUGGGGCUCGUGAAGCAUCCUUUCAUGCUGCGUCUUACAAUCGCGCCAGCGUCGCACUUCUUGUAGGCAACGCGAGUGACCCCAGACUCUAUGAGGCGUGGACGCCAAUGCUGGAGCAGUUCGCCACGGCCAUUGCCCUGCUCAAACCAGCUCCUGGUGUGCCUGUUACCAUCAAAGCCCCCAACUCCAGCAUUGGUGCUUUCGACAUUCCAGCGUACUUCUUCAAGGCUUCUGCCAGCAAUGAAUCGUUGCCCACUGUCAUUGUCGGCACUGGAUACGAUGAGCCCAUGCAAGACAUGUACCAUUUAUCGUGCUCCGAAAUCCUCAAACGUGGCGUCAACUGUCUGUUGUACGAAGGCCCGGGACAAGCAACGCCUCGCCGGGCCGGUCUUGGCUUCAUUCCAGAUUGGUGGUCCGUCAUAACUCCUAUCGUCGACUAUCUUCACACGAGAGUCGAUGUCGAUGUCGACAAAAUUGUGCUUUUGGGGGACUCCUUCGGUGGCCUUCUUGCCCCACUUGCAGCUUCCAGGGAGCAUCGCUUGUCGGCGAUGGUGCUGCUCGAUGGCCUUCCCAACUUCCGGCAAGUCUUGGAGGAGCAGUUUCCGGAGGAUGUCCUCACUCUCUAUGACUCGGGCAAAGAAGACGAGUUCAACGCUGCCGUGAACGAGGCUUUGGAAAGUGAUGAGGCGCCUACAUCAUACAAGUUUGUCUGGAUAUACAGCCUUUGGUCCAUGAAAACCGAGUCCCCAUACGAAGCCUGGACGCGUCUUGGUGAUUUCAGCUGGAACGCCACGACUGCGGGUGAGAUCGGGAAUCUUCCCGUAUAUGUUGCAAAAGGCCAGGAUGAUCUCUCCACUGGGAACGAGCCUGAAUUAGCGAGACAGUAUCUCGUCCAAGGGCGUCCAAAUGGUGGCAAUCUGACAUACUAUCAUGAGUUCCUCACAUCCUUAGGCGCCGGCGAGCACACAUCGAUUGGUGCGGAGGCGCAAGUCUAUAUCAGCGUCUUUACCUGGCUGAGUCAGGUCUGGGGUGGCUACAAGUUCACCAAUCAUUUAUAA